AGUACGAGACAAAAAAUUGAUGGUUUCUUUUCUUCAUUAUUUCAACAGCUCCGGAGAGAGUACACAUUCCCCAAGAAGUGGAUAUACCGGCGAAGCUACAAAUCAGCGCCAACGAAUUUUCAUACCUCCAAACCCAAAUUAAUAGGAAAAAUAAAGAAGUAAAAACCAUUCAGCUCAGCAGCCAAGAGGAUUGAUAGUCAACACGGCCUCCUUUCUUGAUUUGAAUUUAUGGAUCAGUUAUAAGGGGCAGUUCCAACUUCUGGUAGGAGUGUGUAUUGGUAUACUCAGAUAUUCUGAUCUGGGCGUGAGGGGCAUGUCAUUCGAAGUUGAAUUCACGAAAGGUGACGAUGAAGAUGCUAGUUGUGGGCUUUUAUUGCGUGAUAUCGAAGAGAUCAGCAAAGCCCUUUAUUUGCACAAAAGCCCGCUUAAGGCAUUUAAUGCAUCUUACGAUGACUGCAAGCACGUGGUUGCUAAAACUGGCACUUCAGAAUCCAAGUCUAAUGUCGUUAUUCGAGAUUCGUUGCAUAAGGACAAGAAAUCAUCAAUAUGGAAUUGGAAGCCUUUAAAGGCUUUGACCCACAGUCGAAAUCAUCGAUUCAACUGUUGUUUCUUUCUGCACGUCCAUACUAUUGAAGGCUUGCCGUCGAAUUUUGACAACCUUAACUUGUGUGUGACUUGGAAACGGAAGGCUGACAUGUUAAGAACUCGCCCUGCUGGGGUCUAUUUGGGAACAGCUGAGUUUGAAGAGACUCUCAUGCACCGAUGUACUAUUUAUGGUAGAACUGGGCCCCACAAUUCAGUAAAAUACGAGCCCAAGCUCUUCUCGCUUCAUGCCUCUGUAAUAGGGGCACCAACAGAUAUUGGGAAUCACUUGGUUGAUCUGAGCAGGUUGCUCCCACUUACACUGGAGGAGUUAGAGGGGGGUAGGAGGAGCUCAGGAAAGUGGACCACCAGCUUUAAGCUCACAGGCAAUUCUAAAGGCGCAAUACUAAAUGUUAGUUUUGGGUUUUCCGUAUUGGACAGUAACUCAUUUGAGCCGGGUUCUUUUGUGAAAGUUCCUCAUAUUGUGCAGGAAGGUAAUAUGAAUCAUUUUGCUGAUUUUGAUUGGAGGAGUAGAACCAGCCAGCUUGACAAUCACAAUCUUGAUGCUGUCACAAGGAUUUCAGCUGAAGGGUCAUAUCAUCAUUCACAAUCUCUAGCUGUAAAAUUUCUUGAGGAAAUAAUGCCAAAGCAAGGGUCGGAGCUGUCACACUCUGUUAGUUUACUGUAUAGGAAACUUGAUGAAGGAAAGAUGGGUAGCGAAGUGGAGUUUGAUUUAUCUCAUGAGCACUUAAGGUUCCUGAAACCAAAGUCUGAAGCCUCGCCUGAGUCUGCAAGUGGAAACACUGGACUUGAGCUUACUGACACCGAGUUCGAUGUAAUUGAGCAGGGUGUAGAAGUAUCAUUGAAGGAUCAGAUGGGAGUAGAGAAGUGUGGUAGUCAGAGGUUUGACAGUUCUGUGAUUGAAACCAUUGAUGUUGCUGAGAUAUUCAAGGGAGAGGAUGCCACUUUUGAUGAGCAUGUGGGUGGGAACUCAAAACUUGAUAGAAACAAUCGUGAUGAGUAUGGAUGUCCUGCAGAUGAUCCUGAACAUAGAGAUAAUAGCAUGUGCAUUAUUGAACCAGCUUUGGAAGAACUUGAUUCAGCUUUCCAUGAUGUGUUGACUUCUAAACCAUCAGAGUUGGAUUCAUUUCUAGAUAUUGUUAAGUAUUAUGUUCCCGAAAAUUACAUCAAAUCCAAGUCUAUUCACAAAGCAGAAAGAUUGACUAAAUCACUUAGCUUGGAUGAUGUUGCAGAAUCAAUAGAAAAUGAUUUUCUCAACAUGUUGAGCAUUGACCUGAGUCAAGAGGACAUGGUUUGUGGUUCUGGCCCUGAUCUGCCUGGAAUUCCCCUAAGGGGGUUUGAAGAGGAUGCCCUAGCUGGGGAAAACCCUACUCUCAAUACUGAUUUCAUGGCAGAGCAAGAGGACUUUACUUCCAGCAGCUUUACGAAGGUGACCUUUGCAGAUGAUUUUGAUUUGUCAUUUGCUAUUCAAGCAGUUGAAAGGAAACAAGGUAGUGUAACCCAACCAUUGAGAAGCAAAAGAAAUGCUAAAAUUCUUGAAAAUUUGGAAACAGAAGCUCUGAUGAAUGAAUGGGGUCUGAAUGAGAAGGCCUUUCAGUAUUCUCCACAUGCUAGCUCUGGUGGAUUUGGGAGUCCAGUUUAUCUUCCUGCAGAAGAACCUUUAAGAUUACCUUCUCUUGAAGAAGGCGUAGGUCCAAUUAUUAGGACAAAGGAUGGCGGAUUCUUCAGAUCAAUGAAUCCAUUGCAUUUUAGAAAUGCGAACAAUGGAGCCAGAUUAAUUGUGCAAGUUUCUGCUCCGGUUGUGUUGCCUUCAGCGAUGGGAUUUACGGUCAUGGAAAUACUACAAUGUUGGGCAUCUGGAGGAGUUGAGAAGAUGUGUAUUCAGGCAAAUGAACUGAUGCCUUUGGAAGAUGUCACGGGGAAGACAAUGCAGCAAGUUUUGUCUGAAUCUGAAUCUAGAACAGAUGCUCGUAAGAGAUGGGCUUUGCAGCGGAAAUCUGAGUUUGGCCUUGAGUCGUUUGUGGAGAAAAAACCAGCUGAAAAUCGGCUGGAUGCUUGCUCUAAUUGUGAGCUGAUGGAGUCAGAUUACGUAUCUUUUGAAGAUCUAAUUCCUAUGGCAAUAACAAACAUUGAAGGCCUUUUAGUUGAAGGGCUAAAAAUUCAGUCUGGCAUGCCAGGUCAAGAGGCACCUUCAAGCAUUAGGAUCCAGCUACCUAGGAACUCAGCCUCCUUAGGCAAGGUGGCUGAGUUUCCUAGUAACUUAGGUUCUGAAGGAGCUUCAGGCUUGCAGAAUCGGGAUCUUGAUGAUAUAAUUAAAUACUCUAUGUCGUUAGAGGAAUGGAUAAGGCUGGAUUCUGGAGAAUUCUAUGUUGAAGAUGAGAAUGAAGAAAUUGUCUCUGAGCUUUUUGCAGCAUAUUGUGCCAAGUCCGUAGAAUUGGGUAGUGGGCAGCAUAUAAGGGAAGACAAAAGUGGUGUUUUUGGUAACAAUUUCAGAAUGGGUUUAAAAGUGCAGCUUAGAGAUCCCUUGCGUAAUUACGAGAUGGUGGGCUCCUCAAUGCUUGCUCUGUUUCAAGUAGAUAGGGUUUGUUCAGCUCGGCAACCUGAACAGCUCGCCUUAUCAUCGGAAGAACUUUGCAUUGGAGAAAAGGAUGGCCUCAAUGAACAUAUAUUUCCAGAAGGAACUGACUCUGAACAGAAUCGCAAGAAACUUUAUGACCCGUUGUUUAAAGUCUCAGAAGUCCACCUUGCUGGACUGAAUAGUUUACAUGGUAAUAAACUGCUUUGGGGCACUAGCAGACAGCAGCAAUCAGGAUACCGAUGGUUGCAUUCCAGUGGUAUGGCUAGGUCCAACAAGAAUCUUAUUUUUGGCACAAAUGCAGUUCCAAAAUCUUCUUCUGGAUUAAUGAAAAAGUCAUUGCCUGGUCAUGUUUUAUGGAGCAUAUCCAUUCCUAUUCAAGGUGAAGCGGCUACAUGGAACGAGCAUGUUGCAUUAAAUGUUCAUGUAAGAAAUCCUGAUAUUGUUUUUCCAACUAAAUUUGUCAAGUGAUCAUGAGUUACAGAACACACAUAUCCAUUGACCAAGUUGGAGCUACCCAUUCUAUUAGAUAUUUAUUCUUUUAAAAUGUGUGUAGAGUUUCUAAAAGCCGUUGCAGCACUAGCUGUAUCUGUGCUGAGCCUCUGGAUAUUGCUAGUUUUUUGCUGAACUGUCUUGAACAGGAAAUGUACAAAUUGGCUGAACGGGGCAUCAUUGUACAGAAUUCUUAGUAAAUCUUGGAUA